AAAAAAUUAGGAAGGAGAUAAGAAAAUUAAAAAAAAAAUUCAAUGGCUGCUUCACUGGGCUUAUCCACCUCCGUUGUAGCUUCGGCUUCGUCGCGUUUAUGGCACGCUGCUUCCGCUUCGCUUUCUCUCCGCUCUGGUUCUAGACGGACACCGUUUUCUCUCGGCUCUUCUGCCACUUCCGCUCCCGCUUCUUACCACCUUCUCCACUGCUCGUUUCUCUCUUCAUCUCUCUCCCUGUCUUCUACAUUUUCUGGUUUGUCCAUUGCGUUUGAUCUCAGCAGUGGAACCGGUGGACUGACCGGCCAGAAACGAAGAGGGCUUGUGGUGAGAGCUGGAAAAGCUGCUCUGUGUCAAACAAAGAGAAGCAGGUCUAGAAAAUCUCUGGCUAGGACUCAUGGUUUCCGUUUGAGGAUGAGAACCACUAGUGGUCGAGCCACCAUCAAGCGCAGACGUGCCAAGGGACGUUGGAAUCUCUGUCCUAAGUCCAACCCUAGCAGCGGCAAACGUGCUUGAAGGCUCUCGUUUUGUUUCUCUCCUCAUUCUCUCUCUCUGUAAUCUUGUUUGAUAUGUUUUUUUUCCUCCAGAUGAUACAAUGACAAGCAUGAUUUCGAUGAGCUCUUUUAUGUAUUAUUGAUUCGUUUUAAAAUCAAUGUUCUUGGGAUCCUCCA